AUGGGAGACACGCUAGGAGCUAUAGUCGAGUACUUAGAACGGAAUAAGUUCCUCUCAGCGGCAGCAGCCCUACGUUCCGAAAUUUCCAACAAGAAGCAGCCGAGACCCAACACUCUUGCCUCCAGCCACUCGCUUCCACCGCUCUCUCCGUUCUCUCCCUACCCAGGCUCCCCUUCCCUCCCGCCUCCCGAUGCCUCCGAUAAUGACGUCAACAUGUUCCUCUGGAUGAAGCACGAACAGAUGUUUUCGCACUCAGCCUCAGCAUCAGGUUCGGGAUCAGGUUCGGGCUCAGGCUCGGCAGGCGGAGGUAUAUUUGGUUCGGCAUUCUCCGGUUCGGGGCUCUCGGGGCCGGCGGAUGGCGCUGGCGGAGAUGCAGGCGGGAGCGGGACUGGCGGCGGGUUCUCAGGGUUCCACCCGAUUGCGCGAGGCAACAGCGCUCCGCCGCAGUUUCUUCAAAACGCCAUGCUGAAAUGGUCUCCGCCCAGCUCUCCCCCCGCCGGAGGUAUGUUCGACCCCGCGCCUGCGGCGGAGGCCCCUAAGCCGCCGCGCGCGGGGGGCAGCGAGCACCCGUUCUCCCCGUCGUUCUUCCCCACGUCCCCCUCGCUCCCCUCCCCCGCGUCCCUCGACGUCGUUCCCGAGGAGGACGUCUUUCUGGGCGGCGAGGACGCGGACUCUGCGCCGGCGAAAGCGGAGGCGGAAAAGGCGGGCGGAGGAACGAGAGAUGGUAGGACUGACGGAGAGGGUAAUAACGAGGAGAAUGCGAGCAGCGCAGGGGCUAAUGCUACUGCGGUUAUUCCGCUGCUUGACGAUGGUGAUGCUGUGUUCUUCGGCACGCCGGCAAAGCAGCCGCCCGUCCCUCUGCCCAUCGAAGAGCCUGUUCUCUUCGGCGAAGUGACUACAACGGACCCUUUCCGCGGCUCCCUUGAAGCAGCUGCGGCAGCCGCGGCCGCCGCAGCAGCCGCCGCAACAGGCGGCGGGAAAGGUGCAUUAGGUGUCUUGGACGCGGAAAUGCCGCCUAGGAUCGGGUCGACGCCGCGCAGCAAUAGCUCCCGCCCGUAUGACGUCAACAGCAGCGGCGAAGACGAGACUCCGCCGAGCGGAAUAGCGAAGAGCAGCAGCGCGGGCGGAACCUUCGCGGGGGACAUAGAAGGGGGAGGAUUCGGGGAAGAGAUUGACUUUUCCUGCGGGCUUGGCGGGGUCGGGGGGAGCGGGGGGGGCGAGGGGGGCGGGGGAGAUGGAGGGGAGAAUGCAAGCGCAGGCGGAGACGCUUCCCCCGGGCUGUUUGACCAGGCGUUUGCGAACUCGAGCAAUAACAGCACACCGCGCGGGUCAGUAGACUUGACUGGUAGUGGGGAAGUGUUUUCUGUUGGCGAUGGGGGGGGAGGAAGGGACACGUUAGGGCCCCGCCAUGGGAGUACGGGCCAUGGGAGCACGGGCCACGGCGCAUCACCACCAAUGGGAGGAGCGGGCGGAGUGGGGGGAGGCGCAGGGGCAGGAGGAGCAGGGGGCGGAGGGGCGGGAGGCGCUGCUUCGGUGCUGGCGGGGUGGGGGUUGCUGUCAGCGGGGGGCAGUGGGACAUUCGCCGCAACUGGCGCUUUAAAGAGCCCUAACUCCUUCGGAGGGACCUCCCACGCUGCUAACCCUGCUGAAGCUGCCAAGCCUCUCGUUCGGGCUUCCUCCGUGCCUACCAUCACGUUCGGACCGGUUGUUGUAGGUUCGGAGGUGGUUCCGAGCCUGAACCCCGUGCCAUUGGGAACGCGCAAGCCUCGCCCACCAAUCAGCCACGCGUCCCUGCCGUCUAACCAGCAGCAGCCGCCGCUGCCGAGCCUGCAGCGCUCGCCCGGUAGCGGAAGCUCGGGCGGAGGUUCGGAGAAGAGGUUCGGCAUGGGGAGGCAUGGGAUGAGCGGACUGAGCAGGGGAAGCCCCCCCGCGAAAGCAGGAAGGGAGGCGGGAAAAGGGGGAGUGUAUGUUGUGGGCGGGUAUUUGCUGUCUACUCUUCUAAUGAUUAAAGGAGCGGAUGAUAACGAGGAUAUGUAUGAGGACGAGGAGGACUUAGGGUAUGUGAGGCGGUCGGUGGGGAACGAGGAGCAGUUUAUGCUUAUAGAGGCGGACCCGGGGGAUGAUCCCGAGGACGCGGAGGAGGCGGAGGGCGCGACAGGCGGAAAGGGGGAAGGUGAGGGGAAAGCUGGUGGGGGGAAGGGGGAGCAGGGGAGCGCGGGUGGGGGCGGGGAAGGGAAGGGGAGCAAGGGGAAGGAAGCGGGGAAGGGUGGGAAAGAGGGGAAGCGGGAUUCGGAAGGGGGGGAUGAGGAGAUGUAUUUUUCCGGGGAAGACACUUAUCAAGAAGCGGAAGGGGGGGAGGAAGGGGCGGAGGGUGACGGGGGAAGCGAGGCGGCAGGGAAAGGGCACCGAUCGGUUCCGAGCUUUGGAGUGGUGGAUGCGUGGGAUGGGAUGUUUGACAAAAGCGGGGCGGAGGGGACGAACGGCGCGCGGAACGGGGGAGGAGCGGAGGGGAGGGGCGCAGGCGCAGGGGCGCGGCAGAAGCGACAGAGCGGAAAGGGGCAUCUGAGCGGGCAGCUAGAGGAGGGGGAAGAGGGUGAAGGGGACGAGGACGAGGGGGAAGAGGGGGAGGAGGGGGAGUUUUACGAGGGGCAGUCGGUGGGCGCUGAUGCGGGGAGCUCCAUGCUGGGGUCCGUGCAGGACCUGGAUGAGGACUGCGCGCACCCCACCCCCACCGGCUCCCGCCCCCGCCUUGGCGUUCUCAGUGACGAGGAGGCGGAGGGGGAGGCGGAGGAAGGGGAGGAUGGGCUGGGCAAGGGGAUGAGGGAGAUGGCGGAGGGAGGGGGGAAAACGGAGGGCGGGGGAAGGGGGGGUGGGAGCAGGGAGGCAGGUGAGGCGGAUGGGGUGGAGAUAGAGAUGGGGGACGGCGGGGGCGCGGGUGCGGGGGAGGGCGCGGAGGGUCCGCGGAAGCGGCGGAGCUGGAAGGGCGGGGACGUGGGGAGUGCGUCGUUUGGGGUGGUGGACGAGGUGACAGGCGCGAGGGGAACAGGCUUGGGCGCAGGCGCAGGUGCGGGCGCAGGGUUGUUUGUGUCUACCGCAGUAGCGGCAGCAGCAGGACAGGGCGGCACUGCUGGGGCCGCCAGUGCCGCUGCUGAUGCUGCUGGCGGGGGCAGUGGCGGGUUUGGCGAUUCUUUCUCAGGCGGAUUCUCCUUCCCCUCGCCGUCCAGUGAAGGGCUCUCCAGGGAGGGUUCUGGGUGGUCGGGAGGCGGGGGGACGCCUGGGGGGGACGCGGUGAAUAUCAGCCCUUCGGACACUCUGGGCGGAGGGGGGAGCGGAGCGGGGCGGGGGGGAGCGGGAGGGGGCGCGGGGGAAGCGGGGCUGGCGGAUGAGCUGGCGAGCGGGCUGGAGCGGAUGGGGAGCGUGGCGGAUAGCACCCUGGAGGUGUGGAAGCGGCAGGCUAGUGGCACAUUCGCUAAAGUCACUGCCAUGGACUGGGAUCCCCCUGCUGCUGCUGCUGCUGCCACUGGGGGUGCUGGCGCAGGUGGUGCUGCCGCGGGUGGUGCUGGUGCGGGUGGGGCCGGGGUGGGUGGUGAGGAGAAGAGGACGAAGAGUGGGGAGAAGAGGGAGGAAGGGGAUGCGGAGGUAGGCGGCAAGGGCAGUGAUGAUAUGCAAACGGAUGGGGAUGUUGCAGUGAAAGGGAGUGGGGGGAGUAAGAAGGGCAAGGGGAAGGGGACGAAGGGGGAGCAGGAGGGGAAGGAUGGGGCAGGAAAGAAGGGGGAUGAGGGCGAGGAGGAAGCGGGGGAGAAGGGGGAAGGGGAGGUGGAGGGGACGAAGAAGGGCGCGGAGGGGGAGGAGAAGGCGGGAGGGGGCGGCGAGGAGAAGGAGGAGUUUGAGAUCUUCAACCUGCGGGUCAUUCACCGCAAGAACAGAACGGGGUUUGAGGAGGAGAAGGACUUCCCGGUGGUGCUCAACUCGGUGAUAGCCGGGCGCUACUACGUCACAGAAUAUCUCGGCUCAGCAGCGUUCAGCAAGGCGAUCCAGGCGCACGACCUGCACACGGGCAUGGACGUGUGCAUGAAGAUAAUAAAGAACAACAAGGACUUCUUCGACCAGAGUCUCGACGAGAUCAAGCUGCUCAAGUUCAUCAAUCGGCAUGAUCCGGCCGAUGAGCACCACCUGCUGCGGCUCUACGACUACUUCUACCAUAGGGAGCACCUCUUCAUAAUCUGUGAGCUCCUACGCGCCAACCUGUACGAGUUCCACAAGUACAACCGCGAGUCGGGCGGCGAGGCCUACUUCAACAUGCCUCGCAUCCAGUCCAUAGCGAAGCAGAUCCUGCAGGCCCUGCGCUUCAUGCACUCCCUCGGCCUGAUCCACUGCGACUUAAAGCCCGAGAACAUCCUCAUUAAGAGCUACUCGCGGUGCCUCGUUAAGGUGAUCGACAUCGGCAGCAGCUGCUUCACAACGGACCAUCUGUGCUCGUACGUGCAGUCGCGCUCCUACCGCGCGCCCGAGGUCAUACUUGGGCUGCCGUACGGGCCCAAGAUCGACAUCUGGUCCCUCGGCUGCAUCCUCGCUGAACUCUGCUCCGGACAGGUGCUGUUUCAGAACGACUCACUGGCAACGCUGCUGGCGCGGGUGGUGGGCAUCAUCGGUCCCAUCGACCCGUGUCUGCUGCGCAAGGCCCGCGACCGCCACAAGUACUUCACCAAACGCAACGUGCUCUAUGAACGCAACCCGGAGACGGAGCAGCUGGAGUAUCUGGUGCCAAAGAAAACCUCCCUGCAGCACCGACUGCAGCAGGGGGAUCCGGGGUUUGUGCAGUUUGUGGCGUCGCUGCUGCACGUGGACCCGGACAAACGCCCCUCUGCCGCCCAGGCACUCAAACACCCCUGGCUCUCCCACCCCUAUGACCCCAUCACAUGA